ACGUUGAUUUCAGAUACGUUAUUCAACAAUAGCUGUACAGUGGCAACGUUACCGGCAUUUCAGGGAACUGGCAAUUGGCAAACAGCCGCUUGAAUUAGGAUUUACAAAUGGCUUCACACUCUCAGAACGACGUUUCAACCGGCUUUCGGGAUGAAUUCAAGUCUUUUGCCACAGAUGCCAUACACGUUGGCCAGGAACCGGAGCAGUGGAAGUCAAUGGCCGUUGUGCCACCAAUAUCCCUUUCAACCACGUUCAAACAGUAUGGUCCAGGAAAUCAUGCAGGGUUUGAAUACAGUCGAAGUGGAAACCCCACAAGAAAUUGCCUUGAGAGAGCUGUAGCAGCCCUGGAUGGUGCUCAACACUGUAUGGCUCUGGCUUCUGGCUUGGCUGCCACAAUGACGAUAACGCAUUUGCUGAAGGCAGGAGAUGGGAUUGUGUGCAUGAAUGAUGUUUACGGAGGAACCAACCGAUACUUCAGAAGGAUAGCUUCUGAAAUCGGUAUGGAUGUUUCCUUUGCGGACUGUACGAAGCCUGAAGUUUUAAAAUCUGCUCUUAAACCAAACACAAAGCUGGUAUGGAUCGAAACCCCAACCAAUCCUACCAUGAAAGUUGUGGACAUCAAAGCCUGUGCUGAGAUUGCACACCAGCACAAUAAGGACAUUGUUGUUGUUGUGGACAACACAUUCAUGUCAGCUUUCUUUCAGCGCCCCCUGGCUUUGGGAGCUGAUAUCUGCAUGUACUCUGCAACAAAGUACAUGAACGGUCAUAGUGACGUUGUCAUGGGUCUUGUCUCUGUUAACAGGGAGGAUUUAUAUGAUCGACUGAAGUUUUUGCAGAAUGCUCUUGGGCCUGUGCCGUCCCCAUUUGACUGCUACCUGUGCAACCGGGGCCUGAAGACCCUCCACCUCAGGAUGAGGCAACACUUCAAGAAUGCCCUCGCUGCGGCUAAGUUCCUGGAGGCUGACCCCAGGGUGGACAGGGUCAUUUUCCCUGGUCUGCCCUCCCACCCGCAGCACGAGCUGAUGAAGAGGCAGUGCACUGGCUGCCCAGGGAUGAUCACCUUCUACAUCAAGGGCAAACUGGAGCACGCCACCACCUUCCUUAGCAACCUCAAGUUGUUUGCACUCGCUGAAAGCCUUGGGGGUUAUGAAAGUUUGGCAGAGCAUCCGGCAAUCAUGACCCAUGCAUCAGUGCCUGAAGAGGAGAGGGUUGUUCUGGGCAUCAGCGACACCCUCAUCCGCUUGUCCGUGGGCCUGGAGGAGGAGCAGGACAUUAUUGAUGACCUGGACCAAGCCCUUGCUGCUGCUCAUCCGAAGAAGAAAUGAGUUCUGCCCACGUGCGUUGGACUGAUGGCUUUCAUCUUGCUGCUGGAUAGAUGUUCCUUAUGCACUUUCCUGAGGAACGUGUCCAGAGGAGAGCUUCUAUGCACAUAUGAACGCGCUCAUCAGGGAACAACACCUCAAUAAACAAAAACAUUCUUUAAUUCACACAUUUUACAUAAUGAUGACAAAAACAGGGCUACUAGAAUACACAAGUCUUUUUUUUCCUCAAAUUGUA